GCGAGUGGGCGGAGCGGCAGCGGCCCUCUAACGGUGGCGCCGCGGGCCCCAUGGAGACGGGCCCGCCUCCCGGCACGGGCCCGCCCGACGCGGCUCUCGAAAGAGACGCGGCCUACAGCCGUGAGCGGAGGGAUGUACAGGUUCGUGCCGUCGGGAGGCGAGUCGUGACUGGGCUUCUCCAUCAGAAGGCAGUGCGGUCGCACAGCAUCCCGCUGUGCUGCAGGUCUAACCAACACCCAUCUCUGGCAGCUGAGAAAGAAUGGAUUCUGAAACAGAGUAAAAUGCAAGCAGAACUGAACUGGCAGCAGCUCUGUGAGAAUGCUGGAUGUAAUUGGUAUCAGAAAUCAGAGGAUCUAGCACACAGCCUGUCUUCAUCAAGAGAGGAGAUAUUUCAGUAUGAUGAUGAAAGUUCUCUGUAUAAAGAUAUCCCUGCUUUGGAAAUAAAAAAGCUGCAGGAACAGAAUGCCAGCCUUCGGGCUGCUAUUGCACAAAUGAGGAAAGAAAUGGAGAGUCUUGAUGAGCAGAUGUUGUCUUCUCUUCCUGUAACAGAAGACAGACAGCUUGCAGAGCAAGGUUCAUUGAGCACAAACAAAAUUUCAACUGGAACCACACUGAGCAACAUCAAAGUCACUUCAACUAAGUUGGAUUGUAUAGUAAACCCAAACACAGAAGAGGGGCCAGAACCCAAAGUACUUGAAGAAAACAUGGUAAAUUUUGGACGACAGCUACCUGAUGUAGGUACUAGUAUUGGUUGUCAGUAUAGUGUCAAACACACUCUACAAGGAAUGCAAAAUAAACUCGAGGAAGCGGCAAGACAAAUCUCAAUUCUGAGCCAAGAAAAGCGACAGCUGAUUGAAAUGGGAAACAGACUCAGGGCAGAACUUGGAAUGAUGUUAAAGGAAGGACUCUGGCAUCCUAUUAGCUCUAAACGUUGCACAGUUUGUAUUGCCUUUGGUAGUCUUCCUCCAAGAGAACUUGUCAAAAGAACACAGUGUCAGCUAUCAGUUCUAAAGCAUCUACAGCACAGACUCUCAACACAGGAGCUGCCGUAUGCAAGGCAGCAGCAUCUUUCAAGGUUUUCUUCUCUUACUGCCUGCCCUAGCUUAAAGGAAGAAGAAGCUCCAAGCAGCUAUGGGGAAGAAACAGAAUUACCAUCUGCUGAGGUUCGGCUAAGGUUCGGCAAUUUCUCUAUUGAAAAUCAUGAGCCAGAGACAUUCUCUGCAACAAAUGCAGAUACAUCCACAAAAAUUGUUCAAACUCAGCUGCUCAGUCAGAGUCCUAGUCAAGUCCAGCAGGUCCAGUUUUCUUCAUCUAGUGCACAUAAUUUCUAUCAAAUUUUAGACACGGGAUCAAGCCUUUCUCUGCUCAGUCCUCGAAAGAACACCAGCCAGGUGGAGUUUGAAGUUGUACAUUCAAUCGAGCAAUCUGAAGAAUCUCAGCAAAAUAUCAAAGCCAAGGAUAAACUUGAAUCAUCAGCUGAAGAUUUGAAAGUCAGAGGAACAAGGCUGGAAGUUCGCCAGAAGUUAAAAUCCAAGAGUUUAUCUUGUGCUCAUCUAUUAAAACCAAAAAUCUCUUCUAGCAUGGCAAAAAUACGCAAUUACAAUAUUAAAGACUGAUUUCUAUGUUGACAGCAUGUUGUAGGUCCGUGCUUGCUAUUAACUUGACAUUUCUAUAUCAGGUCUAAUUCUCAGCCUCAGUUUUGUAUGUUAGCUUGAGAUAUUUGCAGCCAGAAGAGAGAACAAAUACCCUGCUUCAUACACUGAAGCCUAAAAUAAAGGGUUAAUCUGUGUAUAUUAUGAGAUUACAGUCUUCACUGUUAAUACUGAUUUAUUUUAAUUAUAUAUGUUAAGAUUUUCUUGCAUCAUGGAUUUAGAAAUGCUCAGUUAAUACAUAGGUAAAGCCUCGUGCCUUCAGGCAGGGCUUGCAGGACUUUAGCAGAUAUUUUGUUGAGAAACUGUAGAUGUGAUUUAAGCUUAGAAGUGGGAUGCCUCAACCUACUUGUCUUCUUCUAAUUAACAAUGCAACCGUUAAUCCUGUGCAACUUUCUACUUGAAAGAAAGGGGUUUAAAAACAUUACACCUGAGUCUGUAUUAUUUCUCAUCUUCUGUAGCUCUUUCCACUUGUCCAGAGAGCAUGAAAGAGUAUAAAAUUAAAUUUCUACUGUCACACCAGUGAUUGUAUUAUCCCUUGACAAGAGACUGUACAGACUUUGAAGCAGUGAGAAACACUGCUACCAUGUUAGAAUCAUAUACUCAGAACAAUACAGACAUGUCAUAAGAAGUAAGUCUUAAAACAGACAAAACUAAAAGAAAACGUGAAUGAGUUGUGAUGUAACAAAGGAUAGUUAUGUAGUAAAGAACAUGCCAGGACACUAAUACAAGUAAUCAGUGUAUUUUUGUAGCAUUUCCACUAAUGCUGAGCUGUCCUGGGAUAUUACAGAGAUUAACUUUCCUAUAAGUAAAGGAAAUGCACAUGAAAAUUUCAAGAAAAAACUUUUAAUUGUGGGAAUGGUCAAGCACUGGAACAGAUUGCCCAGAUGGGUUAUGGAGUGUGUGGAGAUAGUCAAAACCCAACUGGAUGUGGGCCUGGUCAGACUGUUCCAGCUGACCCUUGAGUUGGGGACUUGGACUAGGUGAUGUCAAGAGGUACCUUCCAAUCUAAGAGAUUCUGUGAUUCUGCAAGUGGUAUCACUGAAGUGAAUAAUACUUCUCGAUUGCUGCUAAACAUAUAAAAAUGAUAAACGAAGGAAGAGAGCUACUUAUCCAUGAGUGUCUUUCUUUUUCUGGAGCUUUUUUAUAGAUAUGCUUUCUUGAUAACUCUUUGCAAAGAGGUGCUCUCUUCAGUACCUGAUAAUGUGGUAGUAAUCCAUUUGACAAUUGGAAUAAUUAUUUUGUACUACCUGCUGAAAAUAUUUUGCUUUAGUGCAAAGGUACAGUGAUACUAUAAUCAGAUGCCAAAUCUGCAAGAAAUUUCAUGAGAUGUUACUAGGCCAGUAUGAGGCUGAGAGACCUUGUGAGCUUCUUUCUAAAUAUUUUCAUUACAUGAAAAUCCUCUUACUUGAUUCAACAUUGUUCAUGAGCCAGGACAACAUGAUGCACUCCCUUGAACCUGGCCCUGAAUGAGCUCUUUCUGUAGCACAAAGCAUAGUGGUUUCUAACAAGUACAGGAAUUUUGGCCCAGAUCACACCAUUUAAAGCAUUCACUGGUUAUUUCUAGAACUUGGUGUGUAAAUUCCAAAUUUUAUGAUAGCUGUAGAUCAUCCUGAAAAACUUUUUGGUCUUUCAUGAUUAAUAUUUACCUGUGGAGAUGCACAAUAGUUCAGUGGUAUCAGAUUCUGUGCAUGUGUUAAAAGCAGCGUAAAAGAGCAGUUUGUUCCAUGAUAUUUGUAAUAGUGCAUCUGAACCUGAAAAAUAUUUCUCUGUAUUUCUUACACCGUAGGUGUAAGCUGAUGUGCUGCAGACUUCAGAAAUGCUUUUGUGUAGGUUUGUAUGCAGGUUUCAAUGGCCUUUUUUUGUUUGCUUGUUUGAGGGUUUUCUGGUGUGUUUUUGUUGUUGUUGUUGUUGUGGUUGUGGUUGUUUGGUGUGGUGUCCCACUUCAUCCUCCUCCCAUGUCACCUGGCAUGCCUGUUUCAUGCAGACCUCUUGCCAGUAAUGCAGUUUAAAUUUAUUCAGUUUCCCUUAGAAACAGGUUUCCUUAAGUAAACUGUAGGUAAGGAAAGAUGAUAGCUGGGUCGUUUCAUUUAAUUUUAC